AUGGCACUGCUCAUCCACCUCCUCGCCUGUGCCUUCGGCACGGGCUCCUGGAUGGCCAUCAAUGGGCUGUGGGUGGAGGUGCCACUGCUGGUGACAGUGCUGCCAGAGCAGUGGUACCUGCCCUCCUACAUCACCAUCAUCAUCCAAAUGGCCAAUGUGGGGCCGCUCUUUGUCACCCUCAUGCACCGCUUUCGAUCUGGUUUGCUGAAGGAGGUGGCUGUUAUCUACGUUAUCGUGUCUGUGGGUGUCAUAGCUUGCUUGCUCCUGGCUUUCCUCUGGAACUACACAUCCCUCAUCGCUGGGAGGCCCCACAGCAUCGCCUUCCUGAUCCUCACCUUCUUCCUGGCCCUGGUGGACUGCACCUCUUCUGUCACCUUCCUGCCCUUCAUGAUGCAGCUGCAGCCCCAGUACACAACCACCUUCUUCAUAGGUGAAGGGCUCAGCGGGCUGAUCCCUGCUCUCAUUGCCCUGGGCCAGGGCUCCGGUAUCUCCUCCUGUGCCAACGUCAGCCGCAAGGUCAACAUCACCACUGGCAACGAGACUAUGGAAAGCACCAUCUUCCAGCUGGAGACUCACUACCUCCCACCCAACUUCUCUAUCCUCCUCUUCUUCCUGCUCAUGACUGCAAUGAUGCUGACGUGCCUGCUGGCCUUCUUCUUCCUCACCCGCCUGCCCAAGGUGUGGGAUCUCUCCCAGCAGCAGCUGUUUCCCAGCAGCAUCGUGCUGAACUCAUUUGACUACAACCUUGAUGAGGGAACUGACUCGCAGCUGAGCACAGGCUGCUCAUGCCCGAAGGAUCCCAAGGAACCUGGGGACAUCCUGCCUCAGAAGGUCUCCUACUCCCUGACCAAGCUCACCUUCAUCUACCUCCUAGUCACGUGGGUGAGCGCCCUGACAAACGGGGUCUUGCCGUCUGUGCAGUCCUACUCCUGCCUGCCCUAUGGCCACACCACCUACCACCUGUCAGCCACACUCAGCAAUAUGGCCAACCCCCUUGCUUGCAUCGUGGCCAUGUUCCUGCCCAGCAGGUCUCUGGCCCUGAUGGGCAUCCUCACCAUGGCAGGGACAUGUUUUGGUGCUUACAACAUGGUCAUUGCGGUGAUGAGUCCCUGCCCUGUCCUCCAGCACUCCCAGUGGGGCGAUGCCAUCAUCGUCCUCUCCUGGGUGCUGUUCACCGGGACGCUCUCCUACGUGAAGGUGAUGGCUGGCGUGAUCCUGCGGAGCCGCAGCCACAGUGCACUGGUGUGGUAUGGGGGGCUGGAGCAGCUGGGCUCCCUCCUUGGGGCAUUGGUCAUGUUCCCCCUCGUCAACGUCUACAGCCUCUUCAAAUCCGCCGACUACUGCAGCCUGCAGUGCCCAGCAUGA